CCCAUCACGCCAGUUUUUUUUCAAUUACCCCUCUAGGCGCACGGAGCGCCACAUCACUAAAAUCAUUACAAGGCGCCAAAGAAGCGUUCCUACGAAAAAGAAACGGGAAAAGACAAAAGUGAACCCACCAAAAUAGCCUCGCUUGUUCCUUAGGCAGUCCGAAGCGCGCACUUUCCGAACGGCCUGCCCUCCGCCAAUCGGCCUAGCCACCAUGGCGACCUCGUCGUCGUUACCCCAACCGGAAGUUCCGCCGGCCGGUCCCGCCCCUCCACCAGUUAGCGAUGCGCCCGUCGCCAGCGCUCCCGCGCUUUCGGCCUCGACGCCCCCGAAGCCAAUCCACAGCCUUGUUCUGGAUACUGGCCCCUUGAUCAAAGGCGAUCCAGCCAUAAGCACACUCAUCGCGCAGGCAGAAGAGCUGUAUACCAUCCCCGCCGUUCUCGACGAGAUCAAGGACGAGCAGACGCGAUCACGCAUCAACACGACCCUCUUGCCCUUUCUCAAGCUCCGUAGCCCUAGGCCCGGCAGUAUCAAGUUUGUGUCCGACUUUGCUCGCCGGACUGGGGAUCUCGAGGUUCUCAGCCGUCCAGAUAUCCACUUGAUCGCCCUGACCUACGAGCUUGAGAUCGAGAGGAACGGGGGAGACUGGAGGUUAAGAAACGAGCCCAAUCAGAAAAGGGUUAACGGUAGUCCUCCAAAGAGGGAUGAAGCGAUUGCGGAUGUCAUACCUUCCGAGGCAGAGGCACCAGCAGCAGCUCUGCCAGAGGUCACGUCGGAAGAGCCAGGAGAGGCCGAGCAGGGGGAUGCGACAGGCGAUGUGACAGUGGAUGCAGCGCGGGAAGAGCACAGCGCUGUUCUGGUCGAGCCCGGCGAGGCGCCCAAGAGUUCGUCAGAGCCCGUUACCGAAGAGCUCCAGGACCCCGAGUCAGAAGCGGACCAGCAGGGUGAAGAGGCCAAGGGCGAAACCCUGACGGAAGAAGAAGAGCAGAUAUCAGACGAUGGCGACGGCGAGUGGAUCACACCAUCCAACAUCAAGAAGCACCAAGCCAAGGACAACCGCACACCCGUGCCGCAGCCGAUCCAGAGGGUACUCCAGGCCUGCAUCUUGACGUCCGACUUUGCCAUGCAGAACGUGGCGAUGCGCAUCAACCUGAACGUGGUCUCGCCGACGCUCGCGCGCAUCACGCAGCUCAAGAGCUGGGUCCUGCGCUGCCACGGCUGCUUCGCCGUGACGCGCAAGAUGGACAAGCAGUUCUGCCCCUCGUGCGGCCAGGCGACGCUGACGCGCGUGAGCUCCUCGACCGACUCGUCCGGGAACUUCAAGGUGCACCUGAAGCGCAACUUCCAGUGGAACAACCGCGGCAACGUCUUCAGCAUCCCCAAGCCCGUGCACGGCAACGCGAACGGCAAGAAGUCGGCGGGGGCGGCGGCCCAAGGCGGCGGCAAGAACGGCUGGGGCCGUGACCUGAUCCUCGCCGAGGACCAAAAGGAGUACCAGCGAAAGGCCGAUGAGGACCGCCGCGCGCGCGUCCGCGACCUCAUGGACGAGGACUACCUCCCCGGCAUCCUCACCGGCGACCGGGUCGGCGGAAACGGAAAGAUCAAGGUCGGGGCCGGGCGUAACGUGAACGGAAAGAAGCGGAGAUGAUUUCAGAUACCAUGAUAUUUUCUUCUGUCGGGUGCCUUACCACGCAUGAUAUGAUACCAAGAAACAACGCAGGAUAGACAAAAAUUGGAGUCCCGUAACCACACAGUGAAUGGCAGGGACCUUUAUCUACCAUGAAAAAGCCAGGAAAUCAUUUUUUGUUCCAAC